GUUUAAUAUGUCCUAACUCACUUGCCGUAGUUAAAAUCUCGGAAGUACAUUUGUUCACACACGGAACCCCGAAGAAAUUCGUUUGCUGCACAAAAACAAUAACAACAGGUGAUAGCGGGAUUUUUAAAUAGCCGGUAGUUAUUUUGCGUAGAAAACCACGAAUAUCGUAAGCAUAUAUAUCAGGAAAAAAGUUACGGUUACUGUUUGUCAUCUGGAACUGUUUGACAAAAUAUCAAGCUAACGUACGUUAGCUAAUUACACUGAAAACUGUGUUGAAGGCUUGAGGUGAGACUCAGUUGCUGCACCAGUUUCUCUUCGGGUUGCUAACAGCUGCGAUAUGGCAGACCCACUUGGAACAUUUCAGUCCCAACUUUCAAGGGUAAUGGAAACCGUGUUCAAAGCUGCCAUGUAUGAGAUCACUAGACUUGUGGAGGACAGUUUUAUGGAGGAGGUAACACGCUGUCGGGAGCAAGUUGAGUCUUUAAAGAGGAGACUGAAGUGGUCCGAGAGCCGACGCAAAGAGGUGCGCGACGAAGAUGAGCUGAGGUGGGCUGACUACGAAAGACUCGAGAUGUUCAACGAAGAGAAACCGAAAGCGCUUCAAUCAGAUUUAACUCUAAAGCAAGAGAAUGGACUGCAGGAACAUAUGAAUAGCCACAAAGGAACUGAUGAACAAACAUCUAGUUCUGAAAUGGAGGCCCACAGUGGCCUGAAGGCAUCACAGUCCUCGUAUGUGCAAACUCUAGACAGACUGCUCAAGGAGGAAACCCUUCACCUAACAACAGAAGCCAAGGUGUCUGAGGAUUUAGAUGAAACUGAGUGCUCACAACUCCCGGGACCAAGUAAGCACUCUAGAUUCCAGAGAUUUCCAAAGUCUCACUGUAAAGCUGGCUUGGACCAGAGGCUGCAAUCAGCACACAAUGUUGACUCUGGUGAUCAAUCUGAACCACUUUUGCAGAACAGGAAUGUCACGAAAGACUCAGGUGACUUUAAAAAGACUGACUAUGGAGUCACUAGCAUGAUGUACAAUUUGGAUGAAUUACAAGGAUCCUCAUCACAGCUGAGCAAUGACCUGACUUAUAUGAGCCACUAUGAAGGCAACACAGAAACACUAGAGGAGGCUAAGGAUCAAACUUUCCAAACAGUUGAACCAAGACUUAACAAGGGAACAGCGGGGUCAGAUGCAGGGUCACCCACAAGGACUAACACAGAUUUAAUAGAGUUUAGUUGUUUAUUGAUCAAUGAGGAAGGAUACAUUCUGAAUCAAAACCAGAGCCUCGUGUCCCCUGCACAUGCUUCGAGUAAUUCAGGUGGCAGACUGAGCUUCCAGGAACAAGGCAUUCACAUUGACAAAUCUUUGGACAGUCCGGCAGAUAUGUACGAGCCCUCAAAUGUAUACCAUGCUUGUGAUACUACACAUCUUAGUGGGCGACUUCAGGUUCAGACAGCAGGAAAAGGAAGUAGGAGGCACAUUUGUAACCAGUGCUCUCUGUCCUUUCCUGAUUCUGCUGCUCUUAAGGCCCACAGGCAAACACACAGAAAUAUUGGGCAAGGGCCACCAUACUCCUGUGAGCAUUGUGGAAAAACAUUCACUCAAGCCUGUAACCUCAAAGUCCACCAGAAGAUCCAUUCAGGGCAAGGGCUUCAUCUCUGCAGCCAAUGCGGUAAAGGUUUCCCCUGUUUGAAAGACCUGAAGACUCACAAGUGUGGCCAGACCGGCAACAAACCGUAUGGUUGCACUGUAUGUGGUAACAAAUUCAGCCGUCUUUGGAACCUGAAGUUGCACCAGAGAAUCCACACGCAGGAAAAACCUCAUCAGUGCACCACAUGUAAUAAGUGUUUCACACGUGCUGACAUCUUAAAAGUGCACCAACGUACCCACACAGGAGAAAGACCGUACGGUUGCACCGUGUGUGGGCUCACUUUUAAACGCCUAGAUCAUCUGAAAUCACAUCAACGCAAACAUCUAACAGAUCAGUGAAAUUAGAGAAAGUGACAUGGGAUUAAAUGCUUGUUUUUUUUGUUUUUCCCCCAUAAAUGAACAGCUACACGUUCUAUAGCCGUAAAUGGUAUUUGUACGCAUCUCAAAAAUAAUUUAAAUAAAUAAAAUGCAACAUG